GGAGGGUGGAACAAACGCUCAGCAGGUAGAGAAUGAGGAAAUGAUGCUGGCAAAAACAACAGUAGGUGGGGUUAUUGGGAAGCUAAAAUCCCUACUCUGAAAACGUAAUAAUAAAAAAGUCUGUUGUGUUUCUUAAAACUGAUACGAUAUCCCUUCCUUUCCUCCAUUAAAGCUCCUUCCCCUAAGGAUUUUUACUCCAGCUUCUUUGUCUUUCUCUCUCUCUGCCUUCCUUUCUUUGGAACGCAACAGCCUCUCUCUUUAUAGUAAACGAGGAAAAAAGAAAAGAGAAUGCAGAGCUUCAAAGCUGCAGCAACAACAACUAACCCGGACAUGUUUUGCCACUCUUCUUUUUUUCUCAGGGGGGACGAUUGUAAUAGCCGUCACCAGGCACGUUUCCUGGAUCUUGGAGAGCUUGAUCACCCAGCUGUUGCUUUUCAUCACGAUGAUGCCGUUGAUUUAAGCCCAAGCUCCGCUUUUAGUUUAAAAUCCAGCAAUGUUGGUGUUGUCGCUAAUAACAUACACUAUGGCGCCUUGAACACGAGCAUUGGUGCAACCGAGAUAGUUUCCAGUGGAACCGGGUGUUUGGAUACAGGGCAGUUCAUGUACCAGAAGGGAGAAGCAUUUGGUUCUUCGUUGGGGAAUGGACAUAUUGAAAAUUGGGCUGACUCUGGCCUUGCCGAUAAUAGCCAGCAGACUGACACUUCUACUGAUGUUGACACUGACCAUAAAACCCAGCUUAAUGGACUUCAACAUGGACCUGUAAUGAUGGAUUUGGUGGACCAGUCUAAGUCAAAAUGUGGUGAUCAAAAGAUGCUUCGCAGGCUUGCUCAGAACCGAGAAGCGGCAAGGAAGAGUAGAUUGAGGAAAAAAGCGUAUGUCCAGCAACUUGAGAGUAGUCGACUUAGGCUUACAGAGCUCGAGCAAGAGCUUCAAAGGGCACGGCAGCAGGGGGCUUUUAUCACGACCGGACUUUCUGGGGACCAUGGUCAUUCGGUCAUGGGAAAUGCGGCUCUAGUGUUUGACAUGGAAUAUGGUUGCUGGGUCGAUGAACAUCAACGGCUGAUAAAUGACCUAAGAUCAGCUGUAAAUUCUCAUAUGGGGGAUAAUGAAUUAUGCAUUCUUGUUGGGGGUGUCAUGGCGCAUUAUGAUGAAGUUUUCAGGUUAAAAAGCUUUGGCACCAAGGCAGAUGUAUUUCACAUGCUCUCUGGUAUGUGGAAAACGCCUGCAGAGAGGUGUUUUAUGUGGUUGGGAGGAUUCCGUUCAUCCGAACUUCUCAAGAUCCUCGGAAACCACCUCGAGCCUUUGACGGACCAGCAGUUAAUGGGAUUAUGUAAUCUGCAGCAGUCUUCUCAACAGGCUGAAGACGCCUUAUCACAAGGAAUGGAAGCUCUGCAACAAUCUCUAGUAGACACCCUUUCGUCUGCAUGUUUAGGUCCGACUGCUUCCGGAAACAUUGCGGACUACAUGGGCCAGAUGGCGAUUGCAAUGGGAAAGCUUGCCACAUUGGAGAACUUUCUUUACCAGGCUGACCUUUUGAGACAGCAAACUUUACAACAGAUGCAUCGAAUUUUAACCACUCGACAAGCAGCCCAGGCACUUCUAGUCAUUAGCGAUUACACUUCUAGGCUUCGAGCACUUAGCUCUUUAUGGUUAGCCCGCCCUAGAAACUGAUUUUCUUUCAUUCCAUGAAAGCUCAUUUCCAUUUCUUUAAUGCUUACAGUUUGGUACAUCUGCCUAAAGAAAUGGGAGUAAUUUAGAAGAGUGUUGUAUAUUAAGUUAGGAUCUGAGGAAUUUGUUGUGAUUGUAGGUAGGUAGUGUAAUUUCACAUUUGAGGCUCUAUAUUAUGAAUACUUUGACAAUGUUGUAAUCACCUCAAGUGUAAUGCUAACUUGGAUAGUUCAAUG